ACUCUGCUUGCCAAGACUCUGAUUUUGUGGGUGGAGAUAAAUUCAGCCUUUGAAAUGUACUUGGUCUGAGACAGAAUCCAUUUCCUGGACACUGUUGCAACGUUCCAACAGAUUGAAAUUAGCAGUUCUUUAACAACUUUUCCAUGGUUAUUGUUUUUUAAAGUGGGUUGAGAAUCCACCAUGACUAUGAGAAGCUUGCUCUCUGACCAUCGCCAUUAUGUUGAAUCUUUUCGUCUGUUCCUCGAGAAUUCGACAGAGCAUCAGUGCAUGCUGGAAUUCAUUCAGAAGAAGCUGCCAGGCAUAAUAUCAAGUAUAGGUAAUGGAAAAUCUACAAUCAAUGUUUUAAGUGUCGGUGGUGGUGCAGGAGAAAUUGACCUUCAGAUUCUCACAAAAUUACAAGUUAAAUAUCCUGGAGUUCUUAUUCAUAAUGAUGUUAUAGAACCAAGUGCUGAACAAAUCAUCGACUACAAAGAACGUGUUGCAAAGACAUCAAACCUCGAGAACAUAAAGUUUACUUGGCACAAGGAGACUUCGUUGGAAUAUGAAAGUCGAACGAAGGCGAGCAAAGAGAUGAAGAAAUGGAGUUUCAUCCACAUGAUCCAGAUGCUGUAUUAUGUAAAGGACAUCCCAGCAACCAUUAAGUUCUUUCACCGCCUUUUGGAACCAGGGGCCAAACUCCUCAUUAUUCUUGUUUCAGGAAGCAGCGGCUGGGCCCGGUUUUGGAAGAAAUUCGGUCCUCGUUUACCUCUGAAUGAUCUUUGCUUGUAUGUUUCAUCCGCCAACAUCAAAGAGAUACUUGAUGAGGCUGGACUGAAGUAUCAGUCUCAUGACCUUCCAUCUGAUAUGGAUAUAACUGAUUGCUUUACUGAGGGAAACAAAAAUGGGGAGUUGCUGCUUGAUUUUUUAACCGAAACAUGUCAUUUUAGUAAAACCGCCCCUCUCGACCUAAAAAAUGAAAUUCUUGAAGACCUUAAAAAACCCGAAUACAGUGAAAAGAGAAGUGGCAAGUAUUUGUUUAAUAAUAACCUGAGUGCAAUAGUGAUUGAAGCCUAAAUAUGUUUGACUGGAUUUUCCAGAGAUAGAACCACUUAACAAACUGUUUAUUUUCAUAACUUGUUAAAUAUUUCCUUCAUUAUUGAGUGAGACUUGGCGCAAAUGUGUACAUGAUAAAACCAUGUGUGGCUGCUGUUCUAAAUGCUUAGCAAUAUUGUUAUGCAAUCACAAUACUUCAAUAGAUUAAAACAUAACUUGUGGAAUUGCACAUCAUUAUCCUUGUGCCAUGGUUCUAUAGCUGGAUUUCGUAUGCUGCAAUCAUUCAUCAAAACUUGAGAAAUCACCAGUCUAUAGGCUUCUGAUUGAUGUAAAAGGUGUUGUAAUGACCUUGAAAAGAUGAAUCCUUUACAGCUGCCUCAACAGUCUUUAUAACACAUAACUCAAAUGUCAAAAAUCAGUUCUGCUUCUACCUUUUAAAAUAUUUUAAUCUUUAAAAGUCUGUAGGAAGGAACAUGUGAACACAGGCUGGGAAGAAGAGUAGAAGAACUUUCAUUACCAGAUGAAGAUGUGGGUUUAAAGACGGGAAGCACUGAACAAAUGGCUGGCCAGUCAUGCCUAUUGAAUCCUUCCGGUGGAAGUGGAGAAAUCCAAGUAAAGGGGGAUCUCUAGUUAUGGUCAUUGUACACAGUUCAAAUAGUUAGUAAAAAUGGAAAUAGUAGGUGACCAGAGAGCCUGCAAAUGUAUUCCCACUAUGCAUAUGAUGUGGAAUAUGCAUAUGCAUGUGUCUAAUGUUCCAUCGCACAUAGAACAUUUCCAGUUCCCUAACUCUGUGAAUAGACCUUUAGAUGGGCUGUUCAUCUGUAUGUUGCUAUUUGAACAUUACAGAUAUGGGAGACAGAAGAUAGCACAUUACAUAGGCAAUUAUGCAACACACCUUUUGCUUCUAUAUAUUUUGAGCUUCAUGAUGAGCCCUAUUUGGGUUUUCAAAAUCGUGCUAUUUAAAUCAAUGCAACAGGAGAGCAGGGCCAUGUACCCACUGUGGUGUCCAGGAAUGUGCAAGUCAGCAAAUCCAAGCUCGCUGAAAUUCUCUGCAUUCCAUGUGGAAGCUCAUUCUGACUCGAGUCCAUAUCAGAUUGCAAACUUUGUUUCUUCCUUUACGCAUGAAAACCCAUGCAUAUUUUCAUGCAUGUUUCUCUAGCUAAACAUAUCAAUUUGUACAUCAGUUGUACAUCAGUCAAUUGCAUCUUUGAAAUUACAAAGUCCAUUACAAAUUUGUUCUCUCCUCUAUCUCUUCUGCUAUUUCCUUGGCUAAACAGCAGUAUUACUCACUGUUGAUCCAGUCAAAUGUUACGCAUCCUCAGCGGCUCUUUGCGUCCUUCAAUUCUCUUCUGAAGCCUAAUCCACCAUCUCUCCCCACCUCUCUGUCUGCUAAUAACUUUGCCUCUUUUUUCAAUGCUAAAAUCCAAACUAUUCGCUCUGAUCUUGCCAGCUCUGCUCCUCUUCCAGUUCCUGUUCCUCAUCUGUCAGUUCCUCCUGCAAAUUUCUCUGCGUUCCCUUCAGUCUCAGCUGAUGAACUGUCUACAAUACUACGCUCCUCGAAGCCUUCCACUUGUUCUCGUGAUCCGAUUCCUUCUCGGGU